AUUUCAGUUGCCUAUUUUACAUAUUCCUCUGUCAAAAAUUAGACAGUGCAAUUGUUAAAUGAAUUAUAACAAAUUAUAUCUGAAAUUGGUUGAGCAAAAUAUUUCAUGUUCCGCAAAUUGCACUGAAUCACAGGUAGAACUCAACAGGUGUCAAGCUCUGUAUAUCGCGUUUCGUUUGUUACUUGUAGUACCGUAAUAGUGUAGGGGUAGAGCUGUAGGUGUGAACGCACAAAAAAUUUUGUUGGUUUUUCUAGCCGAGUGAACGUUAUGGAAUUGUGUGGCUUUGCGAAAUGUGUUAUAAAAACCAAUUUGUAUGGGUAGAUCAAGCCGUAGUAUCGAUACUUUCUCUAAAUACAAGUAUUACUAUGUAUUCGAUUUCACUUUGAUGUAACACAAGUCGUGCUGGGUUUUUGCAAAAUAAAAAACGGGAUUUCUGAGUGAGAUGAAAUUUAAUAAGAUCUACACACAGUAGCAUAACGGUACAAACAGGUAAUCCAGGUUGUUGGUAUAGAAAGGAAGCAAAUAUAUGAUCGCGGUGAACCGACGAAUGAAACGCGGAUAUUGAAGAUCGCGAUGCCAAGGGAGUAGGAUAGAAGCUGGUACGAGCAAGCACUGAUAAAAAUCUUAGAUUCCAUUAACCUGCCUCGAUCAGCGAAUAUAAUGGCUCUUCUAUGUGCGAUGAAGCAUCAAUAGCAUCGUGGUCGACGACAGAAGAGCCUUUUAGUACCGAAGAAGAGGACGCGAUAGUGACGUUGGUAGUAGUUGUAGCCGGUAUCAUUGUUGCUAUAGUGAUACUUUUUUCAAUGGGAUUAUUUAUCGACUGCAAGCAUCAGCAGAAGAAUGCUCUAAACAAGAAGAAGUUGAAAUUGAAAAUGCCUCCGAUUUCGCGAACGAGGAAAAGUCAAAAGGAAGAUGUGAAGUCGUUGGCAGCGGACAUGUGUCCGAACAGUGCUACCGACGCUGGAUUUCGAACACGGGACGUGAUAGUCUGACCAAUUCAUGAUUGAUACGUCUAUCUUCAACCCGAAUGAGAGCUCGCUAUACUUGAAUCGAGUUGUGAAAAAAUUGGCAAAGUAAAUUAUAAACGCUUGUGUUUUUGCAACUGCGAUAAUACAGUUGAUAUAUGGAAGAAAGAGUGCUCGCAUCAAUGACCUCGACUUAAUACAGUGAACUGUCGUGUUUGAAGUAGGCGCAAAACUGCAAAAGCACACAUAAGCUUCUUUUGCCAAGAAGCCUGUUUAUACGCGUAAAACUGUGAUUUACGUAUCCCUAUUUAUGUAUCAACAAUUUAUUGAUAUCCUUCGAUCGUAUCGAUCGAUUCGUAUAUGCAGUUAAAAAUGUCUCUCUUCAUGAACAAAGAAAUUUCGUUCCAAAGUAAUAGUUUUAAGAUAUAAUACGUACACGAAGAUCAACGAUAUGCGUUCAAACAACGAUACUUGCUCAAUUCAAUUGGAUUAAGUACGAAAAUGGAAAAAAGUAUGUGUGUCGACUAAAAUAGGAUUGUGUCUAGCGGUUUUCUAAAGUCUAGUCGUUCUUUCGGACUUGUAAAGUUUUGUCAUACGAUGAAACAUCGCAACGUGUUAACAAUAACUUCAUCACCAUUAACUGAAUCGACUGGCAAAUUAUGAAAUUCGAAAAAAUACUGACUUUAACCGGAGUAGUAAGUCCACAUAUGUACGAUAUGUGAACGCGUCGGUAUUCAAUAGAAAUUUUAGUAUUAUUUCGAGGACGUGUGUCUAUUUAUACGUAAAUUACGUGUAUAUAGGAAAGUGA